GGAGGUUCUUUUCCACCCUGUUUUUCUGGGUGCCUCCUCUGGCUCAGCUGCACCCUGCAGGGUGACACGAGGGGAUGGGGAGGCACUCUUGGUUCCAUCGCUGGGUUCCCUCUGCCCCCCUGACCUUGCUCCCCGGGUCCCCAGGCUCCAUCGCCUACCUCAUCUUCACCAACCGGCACGAGGUCAGGAAGAUGACGCUGGACCGGAGUGAGUACACCAGCCUCAUCCCCAACCUGAGGAACGUGGUCGCUCUGGACACGGAGGUGGCCAGCAAUAGAAUCUACUGGUCUGACCUGUCCCAGAGAAUGAUCUACAGCACCCAGCUUGACAGAGCCCACGGCGUCUCCUCCUACGACACCGUCAUCAGCAGGGACCUCCAGGCCCCCGACGGGCUGGCUGUGGACUGGAUCCACAGCAACAUCUACUGGACGGACUCUGUCCUGGGCACUGUCUCGGUUGCGGAUACCAAGGGUGUGAAGAGGAAAACGUUAUUCAGAGAGAACGGCUCUAAGCCAAGGGCCAUCGUGGUGGAUCCUGUUCAUGGGUGUGUAUCCACGACGCUGAGGGAUGCAGAGGGAAGGGAGGGAGCAGGAAGGGGUUUCAGGAACUG